AUGACAGAGGAAAUGGGGCAAGAUCAUAUGAUGAUAAUUCUACCUGAGGUGGGACAGAAUACUCUGGUGUUGGAUGGUAAGAUGGAGAUGGAGGGUAUGAGGCAGGGUGGUAGGAUGGAGAUGGAAGGUAUGAUGUUGGGUGAUAAGAAGGUGGAAAGAGGGUUGAAGCAGGGGGAUCCCAUUUCUCCUAUGCUUUUUGUUCUAGCUGAAGAGGUUCUGUGUAGGGGGUUAAAGCGUUUGCUUAGUGAAUGGAAGCUAAAUGCUCUCCUAGGCCCGAGAGGUGUAGAGGUUCCCAGCCAGCUGCUAUUUGCGGACGACGUUUUCAUUUUUAUGAAUGCCUCAACCAGGAAAAGAUUUGUUUUUGACACCUUGGAUAUCCCUUCUUGCUCUCUCCCAACAAGAUACCUAGAAGCGGAGAUAUUUAAAGGUCAUGUUAUAAAGAAUAUACUGCUUCCCUUGAUGGAUAAGGUCAAGUGGAGGCUUCAAGGUUGGAGUGGAAAGUUACUCUCCAUGGCUGGUCGGGUAGAGUUGGUGUGCUUAGUGGUUGCUGGUAUGCUUGUCCAUAAUUUUUCAAUCUAUUGGUGGCCUGAUUAUAUUGUUAAAUAUCUGGAGAAAUGGAUUCGAAAUUUUAUAUGGACAAGGGAGGUGGACUCGGUAAAAAAGAUUGCUGUUAAGUGGUUAGAUGUGUGCAAGCCUAAGCAAGAGGGUGGCCUUGGUAUUCGAAGGUUGAGGGAAGUUAAUAGUGCCUGUCUCUGUAAAUUGGUGUGGCAAAUGAAGUAUGGAAAUUCAGCGUUGAGCUCCUUCCUGCAUGCGAGGUUUAUUAAUUCAGAUGGCUCUAUGAAGUCUAGCUAUAAAUCUUCUUCGAUAUGGAAGGGCAAAAGAAAAACGUGGGACACUAUCUCAUCUAAUGAACG